AUGAUUGUGUAUCAAGACAUCUUCAACGGUGAUGAAAUGUAUAAUGACUCUUUCACGAUCAGACAGGAGGGCUGUAUGGAUGUGAUUAAUGCAAAAUUUAUUGAUAAAAAAUUGGACGACGGAGGAAUUGCUUCAAAUGCCGAUGAAGAUGCUGAGGAGGGAGCUGCUGGUGAAGGAGUAGAAGCUGCUGUUAUUGAGAAAGUCAUUGAUGUUGUUGAGGGGUCACAACUUGUUCAACAAGAUGGGUUCACCAAAGCUGCUUAUAUGGCACACGUUAAAGGGUAUCUCAAGUUAUUGGUUGAUUAUUUAACCAAGGAACACCCAGAAAGAGUCGCUACUUUCAAAGUUGAAGCUCAAGCUUUUGUUAAGAAAGUCAUUGAAAACUUCAAGGAAUGCAUUUUCUAUUCAGGAAGAUCAAUGGAUACUGAUACCGGAUGCCUCGUCGUGUCUAUUUAUCACGAUGGAACUAACCCAGUCUUCUACUUCUUCAGAGAUGGAAUGAAACAAGAAAGAUAUUAA